ACGAUCUAAACAUAAAUUUUUUAAAAAAAAGAGCAGGACAACCGUGGAGAAACUGAAAUUCAACAUUUGAUUUCGGUUUUUAUAGUGCAAUAUCACUCAAACGAUCGUCGAAAAUUCAGAUUGAAGCAAUGUAAAUCUGUAUUGAACAGAUCUGGAGCUCCCCCUCAAAUCCAAAAAAAAGUUGCAUUAUCGUUUGAAAAUGGUUUAGAAAUCAUGAAGAAGUGUUAUAUGACAAGUACCAAGAGCUAGCAUAUAUACAAGGAAUUUAUUGUGGAAAAGAUAGAGGACAGAACAGUUUGAGAAAUGGAAUCAGGACAGGAAAUACAAUGCUUGAACAAAGGAACAGAGAUAGAAGAAAGGAAAGACAUUCCAUUCCUAGUCUUCUACAAUGGAAAAUUCGAUGAUCGAAUGAAUUAUGAAAAUUAUGAAGCCAGUGGACACUACAUUUCUGCCAAUUGUAACUAUGAAGAUUUGCAACAGAAACUCAAAGAUGCCCUGGAAUGCAACCAAGAAAACACUGUUUUGCAACUGAAAUAUCAAGUGAAGGAAGGAUACCAACCAUUGAGGAUAAAGGAUGAUCAAAGCCUGCAUUUCUACAUACAACUCAAAUCGAAAGACCCCGACUUCACAACAUACCCAAUGUGUGUGAAUGUCAUCAACAACCCAACAACAACCAUCGAUGCAACAUUCUUUGGAAAUGACAAUUCAUUAAUUACACAUAGAAGCGCCUUCCAACCAAUCGAAUACAAUGCAGCAACAACAGAAGACUCAACAAAUCAACAACAUAUAAUUGAAGCAAGAGUACCGGAAUUUGGGGAAGAAAGUUUUGACUUCAUGGACUAUGCAAAACUUGUGGCGAGAGGAAAUGGUUGA